GAAAAAGAACCAGAAAUGCAGAUUGGCAAUCCAACAGAUGUGAAGCAUGUGGCUCACAUUGGAUGGGAUGGACAAUCUGUAGAAACUCCGAGCUGGAUGAAGGAGUUUAAUUCCCAGUCAACACCCUCAAGCAUCAAUGGAGAAGCAAAAGAGAACCCUCAAACACAAAAGGGCUCACAAGGCAAGUUCUUGUUUGUUAAAUAUGAAUUGUAUUGUUCCAUACAUGUAUUUUUUUUUUUUUUUUCAAAUCCUUUGGCCUAUGUAUUUGUAGAUUCAAGCGAAAAAGGCCCAAAAUCUCAGGCCAAAGACUUGCCAGAAUUACCAAAGUCAUCAAGACGUCGAGCUUCAGUAGAUGAUUCUUUAAUGGCUGAAUCCCCGACCAAAUCGCAGUCAAGACGACGCCACUCCGCAGGUGCCUCCAAGGACUCAUCUAAAGAAACUCAACCGAGCCGGUUAGUCCAUGACUUGUCCCUUAGAUCAGAGUCACACUCAGGGGACCAGCCAGACAUCCCAAAGAAACCGCGCCGAAAGAAGACCAAAUAG